GACGUCACUUCCUGUGAGAACUGUUUGGGAUUAGCUAGCUACGUCCCUUCAGCUGUUUUACAAGAUAAAAUCAUUACAAUUAAGAGCUCCGAAUCGUCGGUCUACCACAGAAAUAAGAUACAAAUAUUUUGAGCCACAAGGAGAUCAUGGAGGAACCAGGAACCAUAGAGGUGACAGUGAAAACUCUGGAUUCCCAGAGCAGGACGUUCACUGUCAGGGGAGAGUGGACAGUGAAGCAAUUUAAGGAGCACAUCGCUUCCUCUGUUGAAAUUCCAUUGGAUAAACAGAGGUUGAUCUACCAGGGUAAAGUGCUGCAGGACGAGAGGACACUCACAGAAUACAAUGUUGAUGGAAAAGUCAUUCAUCUUGUGGAGCGAGCACCUCCUCAGAGCAAUCAGUCUGCGGGUGGAGGAGGUGGUGUUUCCAGCUCCUCAGGUGCAAUGGAUGGUGGAUCCUCCUCCUCUCAAUCCUCCCACGACCGUAAUGCCAACAACUAUGUCAUGAUGGGGACAUUUAACUUACCGGUGAACAUCAUGGAUCCACAGCAAAUACAGAUGUCAGUGCAGCAGAUGCUGGCUGGUGUUGGAGAAAUGGGGCGUAAUGUUAGAGUGAGCACCAGCACAGGAAGCAGUGACUCAGUGGAUGUCCAUAUCAACGUGGACCAAUCAAUGCAAAGCGAGCCCAGGAUGAGGCUCCAGUUGGCUGAAAACUUGCUGCGAGAGACUCAGGCUUUAAUCCACAGACUUGAGGGUCAGUCAAGUGAAGCGUCUCAACAGGAGACCGCACCACCUCCUCAGUCAUCUUCAUCAUUCUCAGCACAACCAAUGGACACCUCCCCACCUCCACCUUCCUCAUCCUCAACCUCCACUACACAAAUAGAGGGACCAACUCAAUCUGGACCAAAUCACCCGAGCCCAUUGGAACUAGUGGAAGUUCUUUCAGAGGUGCGGAGGGUGGAGGAGAGAAUCCGUCCUUUCAUGGAGAGGACACAUUCCAUCCUUGGAGCUGCCAGUUCUGCUGAUUACAAUAACAAUACACAAGAACGUGAGGAAGAUCAGCGCACUCUAAAUUUGAUUGGAGAAUCACUCCAUCUUCUUGGCAAUACCUUGGUAGCUCUGAGUGACCUUCGCUGCAAUUUAUCUGCUCAACCUCCCCGCCAUUUACAUGUGGUGCGGUCAAUCUCUCACUACAGUUCCCCUGUCGUACUGCAGAGUGGACUGCCCCAUAUUCCCAUUCCGAUUAACCUUGGCACAACAGUCACUAUGACAUCUAAUGGCAGACAGGCAAGUGACGGUCAGGCCCAGCCCUCUCAGCUCAGUGGCCAAUCAGAGCAACAGAGUCAGGACCAGGCCCAACCGCCUCCAACUACUGGAGCCAAUCAACAGACUGGCCAGAGUCAGGGGACUCCAAGAGUGAUCAGAAUCACUCACCAGACCAUGGAGCCAGUGGUCAUGAUGCAGAUGAACCUUGAUGCAGAUUCAGACAGUGGAUUGCAGGGCCAAAGCCAGCAGAACCCCAGCGCUGCUGGAGAGACUGGCUCCACAGCACCUGUUCACAUUCCAGGUCUGCCUCCAGAGUUCAUGCAGGCCAUCAUGCAUCAGAUCUCCCAGCAGGUUGUUACCAUGGCAACCGCAGCCUCUGCAGGGCACCAAGGACAGCAACAGGACACUGGUGCACAGAGUGGAGAGAGUCCGGCCCUUCCGCCACCUCAGGCCAGGGUGGUCAUCACACGGCCCUCCUUAUCCCCACGCAUCCCCCAGCCCACCGUCAACCUGCGGACAGCAGUGCCCCCCUCAGCUGGUCAACAGACUAGCCAAGACAAUCCAGUGGCAUCCUCUCCUCUCACACAGAUGGUCAGUGGUUUGGUUGGCCAGCUUUUACUGCCAUUGCACACAGGGGUGCAGACAUCCACUACCUCAUCAUCCCAUUCCUUCUCUUUCUCAUCCUCCUCCACCGCUCCACCAUCCUCUGCCAAUACGUCUGGUCAGACAUCCACCCACACCACCAGCACGGCAUCUGUGGGUCAGUCCCAGGUGGGCAGCUCAGGGGAUAACUUUGCUCAGUUGCUGGGCUCUCUUUUGGCAGGAGUUGGAGUGGGUGGAGGAGUGUCUGGAGGUGCUCCUACCAUUACAGUGACUGUGCCAGGUGUCCCUGCCUUCAUCCAAGGCUUAACUGAGUUCAUUCAGUCUGGUCAGCCUGUUUUUCCUCCACCAAAUCAACAGUCUGCAAAUCCACAAGCCACACCCUCUGCCCCAUCAGGAGCUGUACAAACUACCCCCCAGCCUCCCAGUGGAGGUGGAGAGACCCUGAGCCCUGAGCUCUUCACAGGCAUCGUGCAGGGGGUCCUGUCCACCAUGAUGGGCUCUCUGGGGGCUGGUCAGGGUAACACAGAGAGCAUCGCCCAGUUUAUCCAGAGACUCUCCCAGACCAGCAACCUCUUCACACCUGGUGCUGGAGAUGCAGUGGGUUUCUUUGGAGAUCUUCUGUCUCUGGUUUGUCAGAGUUUCUCUAUGGUGGACAUGGUGCUGCUGCUGCAUGGUAAUCCUCAGCCUCUGAGCCGCAUCCAGCCCCAGCUCACAGCCUUCUUCACGGAGCACUAUCUGCAGGGCCGAGAACCCACCGACGCCAACAUAGCUAGCACUUCUGAGGAUCUGAUCAAUGGACUGGAAGAGUAUAUUGCAGAGAGUUUUUCCACAGUGAAUGUUCGAGAGGUAGUGGACAUCAUCCAAACCAACAUGUCCUUCCUAAGACAGCAGUUUACACGCAUGGCCACACACAUUCUGCGCUGCACAGAUAACACAUUUGGACAGCGUCUGCUGUAUCUGUGCACUCAGGGUCUAUUUGAGUGUCUGGCCCUCAAUCUUUACUGCUUGAGAGGAGAGCAAAGGGCUCUAAUCACCCUCAUCAACCACAGAAUUAGGAGGAUGUCAGCAGAAGUGAACCCCAGUCUGGUGAACUGGUUGACCAGUAUGAUGUCCAUGAGGCUUCAUGUGAUUCUGGAGCACAAUCCAGUUACAGAUGAUCAGAUCCAGCAUUAUGUCAUCUACACACAGGGCGAGUCUUCUCGGAGAACAGAGUCAGACUCACAAGCAGACCAACAAUCAGAGAACAUGAGUGUAGAGAUGGAGGAGAGUCUGUCUCCUGCCCCUGCUACCACUGCAGAGGGAGUCAUGGAAUCCGCAGGAGAUGCUUUUGAUGGUGAAGAACCACGAUACAGGCCGUUGUUAGAAGAAACACAAGGAGCCAUGGCAAUAACAGAGAGGGUGGAGUCAAAUGGAGAGGUGGAACCGUGGGCAGCAGCAGUUCCACCUGAGUGGGUACCCAUCAUAAGACAUGACAUGCUGACACAGAGGAAGAUAAAAGCGCAGCCGCCCCUGUCUGAUGCUUAUUUGCAUGGAAUGCCAGCCAAGAGGAGGAAGACCGCACAGGGUGAGGGCCCUCACCUCUCACUCUCUGAGGCCGUGAGUCGAGCUGCCAGAGCAGCAGGGGUUCGGCCCUUUACUACCCCAGACAGCCUACACGGGGAUCUAGAGGCACCAGAGCUACAGGAAGCAUACACGCAACAGGUGAAAAGUGAUAUAAAGAAAAGACUGAGUGAUGAUCCGGACUAUAACCAGCAGCGAUUCCCCAACACACACAGAGCUUUCUCUGAGGACUCCUAAAAAACAGCUCAGUUUACACAUCUGUCUUCUCUUCGUCAAACGCAUGGCCAUGAUCAUGACGUCUCGCAGGGAACUGCCAAUAGCUUCUCACGCUUUAAGGGAACCAGUCGUUUUGAAAUCGGCAACUGACACACGCAACUCAGAUGUUUGCAGAGUCAAAUGUGUGGAUAGUGACUAAAUAUAGACAGAGACGGUGAACUAGACUGUUAUAGAGGAGCCAGAAUGCUCUGUAAAGAAACUAGACUUAAUUCCUUUUAUGUCAUGUGCAAUAGGCACUGUUUUCAGUAACAGCAUCUAAGACAUUGUCAAUGUCACCGUGUCAUCUCAAAGCCAGAUUUACACUGCUAGGAUUCACGUGUGUCCCUGUCCAUUGUAAAUUAGUUGUAUAUUGUUGUAAUAAGUUGUUUUAAUAAUAGCAAUGAUAACUGUUGUAAUUCAGGGACAAAUACACAAGGAUAAUUCAUUUCAGCUUGACCAUCUAAAUGUGUAGAUAAUGCCAAGAGAAAACCAAGUUUGAUGUUUACAAGGCACAAACAUAUUGUUGAACGUGAGAAAUGGAUGUACAGCACUGUGCAAUUCAUCACUUAGGACUUGUAUUUAGUCAUAAUGAUGCAUUUGCUGUUAUUUGUAAUUAUUUCUUGCAUGCCAAAAACUAAGUGUUGGCUCCCAAUUUCAUGUUGCUGAAAAAUAAAAAUGGUCCAUGUCUACGAUUACUUGUAGUUUAAAAUAA